UUACACAACAUCCCAACUUCAUUGGAAAUUGGGUUGUACAUGCACCUCAGUCACGUUUGCACUACAGUGGUAACUGACGCCCUGCAAAUCCGACACUCUUGUUCUCCUGAACCCUGGGGGCCUUCCGUGUAUUGCACUUUCCAAAUGUUUUGUAAUGUGUUUGGUAACGUGUGUGUGUUGCACUUAUCUUCAGUCAUGUGUGGUAAUUAUCUGUUAUGAGAGCGGCUGUGAAUGAGUGUUAUGUGAACGCCUGUACACCUGUAUUCAUCUGUGGCUCCAGUGAAAGGAGUUCACAGACUGUUCACACAUACCAGGAAUUGUGAAACCCACCCAACUUUUCUGUGAGAACCUAGACGCACUAACAAGUUCUUUAGAGAAUCAGCAGUUCUUCUCCAGAGACUACGAGGCUGCACUGUACACACCCUGAUCCAAAUCUCACCUCAUCACAGAUUCUCUGAACUUCAUCAUUAGCCUCCUGCACCUCCGAGGUCCCUCCGCACAAAGGCCCGCUCAUUAUUGACAUAUAUUAUUUUAUAGAAAAAUUCACAGACUGUUCACACAUACCAGGAAUUGUGAAACCCACCCAACUUUUCUGUGAGAAGCUAGACGCACUAACAAGUUCUUUAGAGAAUCAGCAGUUCUUCUCCAGAGACUACGAGGCUGCACUGUACACACCCUGAUACAAAUCUCACCUCAUCACAGAUUCUCUGAACUUCAUCAUUAGCCUCCUGCACCUCCGAGGUCCCUCCGCACAAAGAUGACCACGAUGGGAGCUCACAGCAUUGCACGUAUAGCAGUCAUAGUGCUGGCCAUUGUCGUCUAUAUAACUGUCAUUACAUUUAACGCACUUGCAGCACAAGGGACUGGUCCUUUUCUGAGCAAGACUGCAAACAUCUCUGAUAAAUAUGUCACUCAGAUCACUCCAUCAGGAUGGACCUUCUCUAUCUGGGGUGUGAUCUAUUUCUGGCUGACUCUUAUGUUAAUCUACAUCGCGACAACUGUAUUCAGAAGGAAUGCGUACGGUCCUAUGUACUGCAGCCCGUCUGUGCUGCCUUAUGGCUUCUUCAUCUCCUGGAUUGUGAACAUGUUGAUUAACAUUGGCUGGCUCCUACUGUGGGAUAGACAGGUGAUGAUUGCAGCACUGAUCAUGCUGGCCCUGAUUGCAUUCACAAACUACUUGGCGAUAUUCUUCUCCUGUUACGGACUCAAAGAGUACGGAGCCUGGCUAAACAAGUAUCACACAAACGAUCUCUGGUGCAUUCGAAUACUGGUUCAGAACGGACUGGCUGUGUAUGCGACAUGGACAUCCAUUGCUACUCUGAUCAACUUCACCAUCGUAGUGAGUUACGAGGCUGGAAUGAGCCAGUCAGACGCAGCAACACUGUCAGCGUCAUUGCUUUUGGUGGAGGUGGCUGUUUGGUUUAUUCUGGAAAACUUUGUGAUUGACAAACAUGUGCGUUACAUCCUGACCAUCUACCCUGUGAUCAUCGUGGCCUUAUCUGGAAACAUGACGAAAAACUUUGACGCUUCAGCUCCCAGCCGCAAUGGCAUAUUCAUUGCUGUCCUGCUGGCACUAACCUGUGUGCUGUUAGUAUUGCGGGUGUGUCUGGUGGUCUGGAGGCACCUGAGACGGCCCUUCUACAGCGGCAGCCACACAGAGGAAAUUGGGUCACCUAUGGAAGCAGCUGAAAGACAGAAAAAGUUCUUCAUGUGAAAAUGCCCUGGACAUGUGCUGAGCUACUCAGUCUCCUGAGAGACACUGUAAAGUAAAAUAACUUGUAUUAAGUAAUCUGUUUAUGUAUCCAUCUUUCUACUUGACUAUCUUUUAUUCAUUUUAUGUAUUUUUAUAAUUUAUGUAUGGUGGCACUUGAAGACAUUUUCAUAAUCCAUGAUAUGUAUCUCAACAUCUCUUUUUGUGAUGAAGCAUUUGGUUGGUUAGUGUUCUUCAUACAUGGUUCAGUGUAUCUUAUACAUGAUACGUACAUGAUGCGUUCAGAAAAGCGUAUUGUAGAGUAAUGUGUCACGAUAACAAGAAAAUAUCAUCUUAUUGCCACCCCCCAGAAGGUAUUCCAUAUUAGGAUCCAGCAUCUCUUAGCAAAGUAUCUUUCAUUAACAACUUUUUUUUUUAAUGACAAGUGGUUUGUUAGCAAUGACUAGUAUUUGUUAGCACUGCAAAAUUUGGACAUUAAGUCUUGAUUGGUCAAUUACAUCUGGGCCUAAUUGUGAGAAACUGUGUAAAUUACAUUUUUGGUGUAAAUGCCGGUCUAAGGUUUAUAAACAUACGCCCCCACCCCCCAAUAUGUGAAUGUUGUAUUGCUUGUUCUCAAGCAAUAAAGCCAUAUAGUCUAAUGUGAAA